AUGCAGCUUGUAAGACACGUAGCCAGGGUUGAGCCGCUACCGCCUCGUCGUGCGGCGCCUCUUGAGCGAAAUUACGGGGCGAGACGACGACGCGCAGAAGAGGAGCUUCAAGGUGCCGUAGCAGCCCGAAGACCACGAAUUGAAAUCGCGGACUUAGUUGCGGAGCCACCAUCACCUCGAUACACCCCCGUCGGUGAAUCAUCAGACGAAGAUGAGGAAGAGGAGGAAGAGGAGGCAGAAGAUCAAGAAGAAGAGGAAAAUGAAAUAGAAGAAGAAGAAGAAGAAGAGCAGGAAGCGAUGGAAGAUGAGGAAGAAGGAGAUGAAGAGGAAUCGGAUGAAGGCGGUGAAGUGGAGGAUAAUGAAGAGGAGGCGGAAAUAGAAAAUGACGCCGAGGAAAGAGAAGUCAGAGUUGCUUCGCCAGAGUAUGAUGUUCAAACUGGCGCUGGACUUGCUGAAGCUGUAAUUGGAAGAAACGCUAGUGGGGAAGAAUUUCUCCACAAUACUGCGGAGAAUGUAGCCGACCAAAGACCUCAACAGCAGCAACAUCGGUCGCAGCAACCACAGUCGCAACAUUCUCAGCAACAGGAGCAAGACCCACAAUCGCAGCAGCAGCAGUCGCAGCAACAACAACAUCGGGUUGGUGAUAGAUUUAAUUAUAUAGAGCUGCAGACGGAAAACGCGCGUAGAUUUAGGAAUUUUGCUAUACUCGGGAGAGAGGCGAGUUUCGCGAUACGUCCAGUGCCACAGGUGCCAAUACCAGUCGAAGCUGAAGACCCUGGAGAGGGUACGAGUGCUGCGGCGAUACGUGAAGAGGCGCAAAGAAACGCUAAUGACCUCGAGGGUGAGAACGACAAUGAAGUCAAGGGAGCUGUCGCAUUCGUGUUUUACGAUUUUGAAACGCGGCAGGACGAGACGUACGAAGGAACCGAGAACGUAAAGUUACACGUUCCGACUCUCUGCGUAGCACAGCAAAUUUGCGCUGCUUGCGUGGCUAUAGACGACAUGACGGUGCGAUGUCGCUGGUGCGGAACGCGCGAAUUUGUAUUUAAUAUCGACCCGGUAAAGCAGUUUAUAGAAUUUGUGACACGACCGACAAAACAUUUUAAAAGUAUUAUUUGUAUCGCUCACAACGCAAAGGCGUUCGACGCGCAAUUUAUUUUAAAAUAUCUAGUCGAAAAAUCGUUAAUAACGGAAAAGCCACGGAUAAUUCUGAACGGGACGAAGAUUAUCGUGAUGACGAUCGGUCAUACAAAAUUCAUCGACAGCGUUAAUUAUAUGCCGAUGCGAUUAUCUGAUCUACCUAAAGCUUUCGGGCUAAGGGAUACGGCAGAUAAAGGCAUUUUUCCGCAUUUAUUUAACACUGUGGAGAAUCAAUCGUAUGUCGGUCCAUUACCCGAGACUUGA